AUGGCAAGAGUAUUUGAUAAUACAGACGCAUCUCGUAGUGCUAAAAAAUCCGGCUUAAAAUCGGACAAAGCAAAACUGGGUUUAUUGAAUUCAGCACUUUCUGCAACUUAUGGGAUAAAGUUUAAAGCUACUAAUAAUAAACGGACUCAUUACCAUCUAGUAGGUCCAUUCGAUAAAGAAAGCGCCCCAAAGUUGCCACCAUACCAAACGGGUGAAGGACAAUUUUAUGAAAAUG